AUGAUCGUUGAUGAACAAUACGGUGCAUGUCCUGAGCCUGCACCUGAUUGUUUCUCUAAUCCGGACUAUAACCCUGUCUAUUCGGAAGACAGCCAUCUACAUGGUGCCGAUCGCGCUCUUGUGGGCUCCGCUGAAAAUUACGAUUUCAACAAAGGAGAGGAAGUAAAAAUGGUGUCUGUAAGACCGGAAGACAUUCCUAAAUCACACGAAGAAUCUGAGCCAACACCGAAUUUUCUGAGGAAAUUUAGCUUAGCACUAGCUCCCACCAUCCGUUCAAGAUCAAACUCAGAAAAUCGUCACGAUGAUGUGGAACGUGAUGGGAUAGAGCGUGUUCAAAAAUACAAUCUUCCGAACCUUAGCCUCGAGGCAGUCACAGAGGAGUCGAACUAUAGCACCGUCUCUACCGUAGUGGUAUCAAGCGAUAAAGAAGAUGAUAUCACACUUGACCAGAAUGGAGCCAAGUCCGAAAGCAAGGCCUUAGCUGAUAAGGACAAAUAUAAUGGCAAAGACCUUUGA